UACGCCUUCUCGUACGACCCAGAGCGAUGGGGGACCCCGCUUAGCUUGGAGUUUCCGGAGGCAGAUGAUGGGAUGCACGAUCCGAAAGAGACGGUCGUAGACGAGCAGUUGUGGCACAAGCGCGGUUGGGGUGUGUCGUACGUACGUGGAGUGGCGAAUUUAGGAUGCCUCGUCAUCAUGAUUUUAGCAGUCGUCAUGCUCUUCGCUGGAUAUCCCGUUCUCAGUCACUUUGACCUCACCGCCGGCCCUCCCACUCUCUCCGCCACAUUCCUCAACGCAACAUCACAAUACCCUGGCCUUAUCGAUACCGAUACUCCUUCCUGGGCGUACACGAAGACUUCGUGGCACGAUGGGUCCGAGCUACAGCUUGUAUUUUCGGACGAGUUCGAGAAGGAGGGGAGGACAUUUUCGGAGGGAGACGAUCCGUAUUGGGAGGCUGUGAAUUUGCAUUACUGGGAAACGAAUAAUCUCGAGUGGUACGAUCCCGCAGCGGUCACCACGGCGAACGGUUCGAUGGUCAUCACGCUUUCGAGACAUGAAGAGUAUAACUUGGACUACCAGAGUGGUAUGGUCACAACAUGGAAUAAAUUCUGCUUCACGGGCGGAUAUGUGGAGACUUCGGUCGUUCUGCCUGGUUUUUCGAACAUCAUUGGUCUGUGGCCUGCCGUCUGGACGGUCGGAAAUCUCGGGCGUACAGGCUACGGCGCCACACUCGACGGACUGUGGCCCUACACAUAUGACGCCUGUGAUAUCGGCACCGUCGCCAACCAAUCUCUCAACGGCCUCCCUUCCUAUGCCGCAGAGACUGGUUACACUUUCACCGAGGACGGUGGCGACGGUACUACUGUGGGAGGACCUCUCUCCUAUUUGGGUGGUCAGAGACUUUCGCGGUGUACGUGCCCAGGAGAGAGCCAUCCAGGUCCAGUGCAUGAAGAUGGCACAUUCGUUGGGAGGAGUGCACCUGAGAUCGAUAUUAUUGAGGGACAGAUAUCGAAUACUUUCGGCGGAGUCAUGAGCGGUCAAGUCUCUCAGAGUUGUCAGUGGGCUCCAUUCAACGCUUUCUACAGCUGGGAUAACACUACUGGCUCUGAGAUCUACAACGAAACUGUCACGUCCGCUCUCAACUCGUACAAGGGCGGACGGACUCAGCAGGCGACGUCCGUAAUCUCCGAGACAGACCAAGACUGUUACCAGUUCAAUGGGUCGUGUUUCUCCGUAUAUGGCUACGAAUACAAGCCUGGGUUUGAUGAUGCAUAUAUUACGUGGAUAGCGAAGAACGCAACCGCUUGGACGCUGAAAGCAGAAGGUAUGAAGGCCGACCCGAGGACAGAGAUUUCAGAUCGUCCGAUUCCCCAAGAACCCAUGUAUAUCAUCGCCAACCUCGGUAUGUCCUACAACUUUGGCGACAUCGACUUCGACGAUCUGGUUUUCCCGGCAACCAUGCAUAUCGACUACAUACGCGUCUACCAGAGGCCUGACUCCAUCAAUGUCGAUUGCGACCCGCCCGAUUUCCCGACUGCCGCUUAUAUCUCCCAAUAUGAAGAGGCGUACACCAAUCCCAACUUGACGACCUGGGUCAAUGAUUACGGUCAGAGUGUGCCGAAGAGUAGCUACCUUGGCGAAUGCUAAGCCAUGGUUGCGAGCCUUUUCCUGUCCUUCAAAAAUGUUACCCAUCUUCGAUUGCCAUCAGC